CAGCGGCUCCGCUUCCACGACAGCGAUCGCCAUGGCCGCUCCGCGUGCUGCCCUGCCCGGGCCAGAGGCUCAUCGAGCCCUUAGGGUCUCCCCUCUCUGAAGCAACAGAUGCUGAGGACCUGCCUGCUUGGUUGCUGGUACCCACGAGUGUGGCCCUCAGGGGCUUAGCUCUGAGCUUCAAGUCAGCUCAGCUAUGAGGGGGUUGCCUAGUGGGCCAGUACCGUGACCCCGGAGUCUGCCUUUCCGCCAGUCCCCCUGCCCAGAACAUGUGGCUACGCCUUUGUCCACUCUUGCUGCCCCUGAGCCCCGAGCCCACAGCUGGCCGGAGCCUGUGCCUUGCUCUCUGGAUCCUCAGCUUGGCGCUGAGGGCCAGUGCCCAGGCCCCAGCACCCACAGUUAAUACCCACUUUGGGAAGCUGAGGGGUUCCCGGGUGCCCCUGCCCAGUGAGAUCCUGGGACCUGUUGACCAGUACCUGGGGGUGCCCUAUGCAGCACCCCCAGUCGGUGAGAAGCGCUUUCUGCCCCCUGAACCACCCCCAUCUUGGUCAGGCAUCCGGAAUGCCACGCACUUUCCCCCGGUGUGCCCUCAGAACAUUCACACAGCUGUGCCUGAGGUUAUGUUGCCUGUAUGGUUUACUGCCAAUCUCGACAUUGUGGCCACUUACAUCCAGGAGCCCAACGAGGAUUGCCUGUAUCUGAACGUCUAUGUGCCCACAGAGGAUGUAAAGCGGAUUUCCAAGGAAUGCGCCCGAAAACCCAACAAGAAAAUUUGUAGGAAAGGAGGAUCCGGUGCUAAGAAACAGGGCGAGGACUUAGCGGAUAAUGAAGGGGACGAAGACGAAGACAUCCGGGACAGUGGAGCCAAGCCAGUCAUGGUCUACAUCCAUGGGGGCUCCUACAUGGAGGGUACGGGCAACAUGAUCGAUGGCAGCGUCCUCGCCAGCUAUGGCAAUGUGAUCGUCAUCACCCUCAACUACCGGGUUGGGGUGCUAGGUUUCCUGAGCACUGGGGACCAGGCCGCCAAGGGAAACUAUGGUCUGCUGGACCAGAUUCAGGCCCUGCGUUGGGUGAGCGAGAACAUUGCCUUCUUUGGUGGAGAUCCUCGUCGCAUCACGGUCUUUGGCUCUGGCAUUGGGGCCUCCUGUGUCAGCCUCCUCACGCUGUCCCAUCACUCUGAGGGGCUGUUCCAGAGGGCCAUCAUCCAGAGUGGCUCAGCCCUGUCCAGUUGGGCAGUGAACUACCAGCCAGUUAAGUACACGAGCUUGCUGGCGGACAAGGUGGGGUGCAAUGUGCUGGACACCGUGGACAUGGUGGAUUGCCUGCGUCAGAAGAGUGCCAAAGAGUUGGUGGAACAGGACAUCCAGCCAGCUCGUUACCAUGUGGCCUUUGGUCCUGUGAUCGAUGGGGAUGUGAUCCCCGAUGACCCCGAGAUCCUCAUGGAGCAGGGCGAGUUCCUCAACUAUGACAUCAUGCUUGGUGUCAACCAGGGGGAGGGACUCAAGUUUGUGGAGGCCGUGGUGGACCCGGAGGAUGGAGUUUCAGGUACUGACUUUGACUACUCAGUCUCCAACUUUGUGGACAACCUGUAUGGCUAUCCAGAGGGCAAGGACACCCUUCGGGAGACCAUCAAAUUCAUGUACACAGACUGGGCAGACCGGGACAACCCUGAGACCCGCCGCAAAACUCUGGUGGCCCUUUUCACUGACCACCAAUGGGUAGAGCCCUCCGUGGUGACGGCUGACCUACAUGCCCGCUAUGGCUCACCCACCUAUUUCUACGCCUUCUACCACCACUGCCAGAGCCUCAUGAAGCCAGCUUGGUCUGACGCAGCCCAUGGGGAUGAGGUGCCCUAUGUCUUUGGCAUCCCCAUGGUGGGCCCCACUGACCUCUUCCCCUGCAACUUCUCCAAGAAUGACGUCAUGCUCAGUGCUGUUGUCAUGACCUACUGGACCAACUUUGCCAAGACCGGGGAUCCCAACAAGCCCGUCCCCCAGGACACCAAAUUCAUCCACACCAAGGCCAACCGCUUCGAGGAGGUGGCUUGGUCCAAGUAUAACCCCCGGGACCAGCUGUACCUUCACAUCGGGCUGAAACCUCGGGUCCGUGACCACUACCGGGCCACCAAGGUGGCCUUCUGGAAGCACCUGGUGCCCCACCUGUACAACCUGCACGACAUGUUCCACUACACGUCCACCACCACCAAAGUGCCGCCCCCGGACACCACCCACAGCUCCCACAUCACCCGCCGCCCCAAUGGCAAGGCCUGGAGCACCAAGCGGCCAGCCAUUUCUCCAGCCUACAGCAAUGAGAAUGCCCAGGGCACCUGGAAUGGGGACCAGGAUGCCGGGCCCCUUCUAGUGGAGAACCCUCGAGACUACUCCACGGAGCUGAGCGUCACCAUUGCUGUUGGGGCCUCCCUCCUGUUUCUCAACGUGCUAGCCUUUGCUGCCCUCUACUACCGCAAGGACAAGAGGCGGCAGGAGCCCCUGCGGCAGCCCAGUCCCCAGCGGGGUCCCGGGGGUCCCGGGGAGAUGGGAGCAGCCCCUGAGGAGGAGCUGGCAGCCCUCCAACUGGGUCCCUCGCAUCAUGAGUGUGAAGGCCCCCCCGCCCACGACCCACUCCGCCUCAGUGCCCUCCCUGACUAUACCCUGACGCUGCGACGUUCCCCCGAUGACAUCCCCCUUAUGACCCCUAAUACCAUCACCAUGAUCCCCAACUCCCUGGUGGGGCUGCAGACGCUGCACCCCUAUAACACCUUUGCUUCUGGCUUCAACAGUACUGGGUUGCCCCACUCACAUUCCACCACACGGGUAUAGCUCUUACCUAGAGCCUUUGCCCUGCCCAGCCCUGCUUUCUCCUCCCCCCAGCCCCCAUCUGUGCACACCCAUACACCCAACCCCACAGAUACACGCACAGAUCAGAUCCCCGUGCACAAGCGCAGACACCCCCAUGUACAAACGCAUACCCAGAAUGAAACAUGAAUGGAUUCUUCAAAGAAGAAAGCCCCCAGCAGUCCCGGGGGAGGCAGCACCCCCCUGGAGGCAGCAGGCACCUCUCUCUGGUGCUGGCCAGUCCUUGGCCCCGCCCUUCCCCUCCCACCCACCCCAAGCCAACCCCAGACUUGGGAUCCCUGCCCCUCGCACUGGGGCUCUUCUGAAGCUUGGGUUUGGCUUGGUCUUUUUUUUUUUUAAUUUUUGAAUAAGUGCUUUCUUCUCCCCAGGAAAGGCAGAGAGGGGAAGGAAAGGCCCCUUCCCUCCAAUCCCCCAUUGCUCACAUAGCCAGAGACCAGGGAGCAGGGCCCUUUAGGCAGAACAUGACCCAAGGAAGGACAUGGGCUGGAAAGAGGAAGGGGACGGGGAUGCAAGGUGCCUGGCAUGGUUCAGGUCAGUCCUCACCUAGGCCUGCUCAGGGGCCUUUGGGAGGGGAUUGCUUUGGAGCAGGGCCAGCUUUGGCCCUGGUACCAGGCCCUGGGAGUCUACACUGAGGGCCUGAACCACUCGCCUGCCUGCCCACCCGCCUGCCGCGGGCCACCCAAGUACACCCUCGAGUGCUGCCCUUCCCCACCCUUGGCCUACUGCUGUUAGGAGCUUGCCGCCUUUUUCUUUUCAGAGUCUCUUUUGUGUCAUUUCUCUUUCAAAAGGACUUUUUAAAAAAAAAAAAGAAAAAGAAAAAAAAGAAAUUAGUUCUUAAAACACUAAUGGAAACCCCUGGAGUUUGUUCUUUCUACAGAUUUUAAACACGGUGUCUUGAUAUAAAAAUAAAAACUCCGGUUAGCGCUCCCAACCUGUGUCCCUCGUACAGGCCCUGCUGCA